UGGUGCUGUGAUCGCUCCGGUGAGAGGCACACGCCGCACGCGGUCCAUCCGUGUUUGAUCAGUUCGAUAUAUGUUUUUUUCCGGGUUCGAUAUUUUAAAUUAUAAGUUCAUCGUACGUUUUUAUUCGACGUCGAAGUUGUUGGACCGAUUCUAGCAUGAGAUUUUAGCGCGACAAUUAAAAACAGGGAGGCAGAAACUCGUCAAUGAAAUAAUGGGCACGGUUCACGCUAAAGAACCCAGUAAUUCUUCAGGCUUGGGUCAAUUACCUAAGGAGAAUGCCUCCGCAAAGAAACACAAUCCAUCAAAUGCAACGGAUGACUUUCCAUCAUUUUCCAAUAGCAAAUCUCAGUUACAUAGAGAAGAAGAAAAUAUGCAAACGAAAAGCAUUGUUCUACAAGCAGUACAGGCACGAGUUGACAAAAUACAUGUGGAUGGACUUGUACGAACGAAGGACGACAUUAUUAAGUCACAAGUGACGGACUUGUUCAAAGCGAAAAAUUUCGAGGAUGUUAUUAUACGCGCUUACAAAGUACGAGAGAAGUUAGACGCCCUGGGAUGCUUCAGAAAUAUCGGCAUUUACAUCGAUACCAGUCAAGGACCCGACGCCACACCUGAUGGUGUUGAAGUCACUUUUAAAGUACGUGAAAUGAGACGUUUAGUUGGUGGUAUCAGCACAAUGGUUGGAAAUAACGAGGGAUCCCUAAUUAUCGGCGCAAAAGCACCAAAUCUGUUUGGCAGAGCAGAACGUAUCCAGAUGGAAUAUUCUCACGGUAACAAAAGUUCGAUCAACUUCAAUGUAUCCGCCAUUAAACCAUUUCCACAGAGCUUAUACAACGCAGUAUUAACUAGUACUAUAUUCAACACAACGCACGAUUUCCCAUGGUCUGGUUUUAAGCAAAACGACAAGGGACUGCUGUUUGACAUGGAACUUAAUCAGACAGACACCUCUAAGCACAAUUUACAAUAUGAAGCUGCAUUUAGGAACAUUAGUUGUUCGAAACAGGCGGCCUUUCAUGUUCGAGAGCAAUGCGGCCCAAAUUUGAAAUCUGCACUGAGAUAUAUCUGGACGAUAGAUAAAAGGGACUGUCCUUUAUUCCCCGUUACUGGGAGCUUCUUGCGAUUAACGACAGAAAUGGCUGGCCUAGGUGGCGAUAUUGGUUUCUUGAGGAACGAACUCGCCAUGCAAACUAAUUGGUCACCACACGAGUACCUUACAUUCCAAUUGGGUCUUCAGUCUGGACUGUUGAGUACAAUCAGUAACGACAUGAAAAUAAGUAUCGCUGAUCAUUUCUUCUUGGGAGGUCCACUGAAUCUACGUGGAUUCGACAUGAGAGGAUGCGGGCCCCGCUACGAAGGAAAUUCUGUGGGUGGCGAGAUGUAUUGGGCAGCCGCUCUUCACAUUUACACGCCGCUCCCAUUUAGACCCGGUCGUAACAGUUUCGGGGAUUUAUUUAGAUUGCACGGUUUUAUCAAUGGCGGCAAUUUAUCCAAUUUCACAUACGAUAAUCUAUACAAUGAAAACAUGAAGAUUUUCACGGAGAAUGUUCGCUGUGCUAUCGGCGGAGGCAUCGCGAUGAAGCUGGGGAACAUUGCCCGCAUAGAAUUGAACUUAGUUACACCAUUGUUGUUCCUGAGGAGCGACGUGCUCCAGCAAUUUCAAUUCGGUAUUGGUGUUCAAUACCUUUGAACUUUUUUCUAUCCUUCGAUAGUCUUGUAUUAUUAUAUUGGAUAUGUAAAUGUAAAAAAUAGAAGAUUAUGUGUAAAUUUAUUUCUGUUUCUUGUCCGACACACGACAGAA